AUGGCUGUUUUGAUCUGGGUCGUCUUUCUGUUGGGUAUACUUCAGACAUCAGCCCAAGACCCUGAGUAUGACCUAAUAAGGGAUCAGGACUCGUGCCCGGUGGGAGUGUACUUUGCGCUGGACACCUCUGAGAGCGUGGCGCUGCGGGACUACCCGUGGGGCAGCCUGGUGGAGAAACUAAAGAUCUUCGUUACAAUGUUUUCGAGACGCCUGGAGGCCUCAGCGAUUAAAUCCGAGGGGGUUCAGUGGACCUAUGGAGGUCUUCACUUCUCCGACCACGUGGAGGUAUUUAGCCCGGUGACCUCCGAUGUGACCUCGUUCCUACGCGAGACCGCCAAGGUGCGCUACAUUGGCCGAGGCACCUUCAUUGACUGCGCCCUGAGGAAUGUGACGGAGCAGGUGAGGAGGUCACCGGGCGGGAAGCCGCGUCUACAGUACGCUGUGGUGUUAACGGACGGACACAGCACGGGCAGACCCUGCGGAGGGGUCCAGCAAGCCGCCGAAGCUGCCAGAGCAGCGGGCAUCCGGCUGUUCGUGGUGGCAACCGAUGUGGAGACCUCCGAAGGCGAUCUUAAACAGAUCGCCAGCUCACCCGCAGAGCUCUACCGCAAGGAUUACAUGGUCUUCCCUGACGAUCGACGACAGGCUGCCAUCGACAGGAUCGUUGACACAAUAGUCAGAGAUGCUGACUUCGAGGGGGCGAAGGGAAGCACUGGCGGCAUCGGGGAUCCCGGAGCUGCAGGGCCAACGGGAGAUGCUGGUAUUGAAGGUCCGAUUGGUCUGCCUGGUCCAAAGGGACGAUCAGGAUCCCCCGGCUAUAAUGGCAUCGAUGGGGAGAAGGGAAAGCGUGGAACCAUCGGCACGGCCGGCUGUAAGGGCGACUCUGGUAUGCCGGGUGACCCUGGACCUGCUGGUGAUUUCGGGUUCACGGGAGAAUCUGGGGAGCCCGGUGAAAAGGUGGUGUUCCUGGGCAAAGUGGCAGACCAGGUCCGCAGGGUCCUCGGGGGACUGAAGGGGAGAAGGCUCAGCCUGGACCAGCAGGACAGGCAGGGUGAAGAUGGCCCCGAGGGUGAACGAGGGCCCACUGGAGAACGAGGCCUCUCAGGGGUGACGGGUCCGCCCGGUUUUCCGGGAAUUAGGGGUGAAGUAGGGGAGGUGGGCAGAGGUGGUCCACAGGGUACCCCCGGCGAGCUAGGGGACUUUGGCAUACGAGGAGACAAUGGAGAUCCUGGUCCUACGGGAGACAGAGGAGAAUCUGGUUUGCCAGGACUUCAGGUACAUCAUCCUUCUCUGUCUGUCUGCUGGUCCUUAGGCUCCCGUCUGGGAGUAGUGCAGUAUAGCCACCAGGGGGCGCUGCAGGCGAUCCGCCUGGAUGACCAUGGGAUCACCUCAGUGUCCUCCUUCAAGGCCAAGGUCAAAGCCAUGGAGUGGAUUGCUGGAGGAACCUGGACGCCUUCGGCUCUCAAGUUCACCUAUGAGCAGCUGAUCGUGCCCGGGAGAAGAAAGGGCACAAAGGUAGUCGCCAUCGUCAUCACCGACGGCCGCUAUGACCCCAAAGACCUGGACAAUCUAGGGGGCCUGUGCAGCGGGGUGGAGGUGUACGGCAUCGCCAUCGGGGACAUGUUUGACACAGACGCUGAGAAGCAGGCUCUGACGCGGAUCGCUUGCAACGUGAGGGAGAGGGUGAAGACCCUGAGCGUGUAUGCCGAGCUCACGGCGGAGGAAUUCCUGGAGGAGAUCGAGCUGAUCCUCUGCCCAGAACCGGAAAAUAUCUGCCCAGACCUGAAGUGUGCCUCAGAUUUGAGUGUGGCUCCUUUGACACAGCGGCCGGUGGACCUGCUGUUCUUCGUGGACGGCUCGGAGCGGAUGGGGCCUGAGAACUUUGUCAGCGUGCUUCGUUUCAUCGAGCUACUCUCGCAUGAAAUCCCCCUCUCAACAAGGGAGGGAGACUACAAGGGGGCACGUUUUGCCGUGAUGCAGUUUGGUGGGGAACAAGAUCCAGACGUCCUCCUGGAUUUCACCGCUAAGCGCAGGUCCUUCACCAACCUUGUCUCCCGUGCCGUGUACCGCGACACUUCCUCCACUCUGGGAAGUGCCAUUCAAUUCGCGGCCAACAAUCUCGUGAAUCCUGGUGGUCGGUAUCGAGGUGUCCGCCCAGAUGCAGAGCUGUCCUUCGUUUUCAUUACAGAUGGGGUCACCAGUGACGUCGGCUUUGCUGAAGGCUUGGCAGCCAUGCGCAAGACGAAUGCUGUGGCCAUGGCUAUAGCAGCGGGGUCUGACACUGACCACGAGCGGCUGCUGCAGCUUGUCUUCAGAGACAAAUCGCUUGUAUUGAACUUGAAGAGUUACAAAGACCUCUCUCACCCCAGAGUCAUCAAGCAUAUUGCUCGCUGUUUGGGUUAACGUUGCAGGUCAAUGCUGUAAGCUUUGAAGCAUGCAUCGAGGGGCUUUAUGUAUAAUCUCGUGAUAGCAUGUAAAAUGAUGUAGCCAUGUGUGCCACUGUGUCUAUUCAACAACUUGAAUGUAGUGAUCACAGGGAUCAGGUAGGGGGGUGGGGGCGCUGGGGAAGUUCUGUUCGCCUAAACCAUGUUUUGCUGAUGUCGACGAAUAAACGACUUACUGGAUCUAUCUCUUCUCGAAGUGCAAUUGCUUUGAUAAUAAUCUUUUUUUUGUUGUAGACUUUGCAGCAUAGGCCUAUAGGUUAUGAAAUAAAUGUGGUUUGUAACAUGAUAUGCAAGAACCAUGGUAUCUAGCUAACAACAGUAAAAUGCAUUUCAUGCCUGCAUCACUGCAACUCAUUGCACCCUGCAGCCAGCCUGGACAGGGACAUGCCUCUGUCUAGUCAUUGCCUUGAAAACGUGAAAAUGCUCAGGCUCUGCUAUGUGUACGUUCU